UUCAUUGAAGCCACUGUCAUAAAGCCAGGAGAAUCCCAAUUUUUCUUGUUGCGGAGAGUGUCGGUAGAUGAAAUUAACUACUUCGAUAGUUUCUCAAGGAUAAUUGCGUUAGCCCGAGAAGAUGAUUUGACAUGUUUCUUCAAAUAUAUCUUGGUACCUGCGUGAAAGGCAACGUAUUUACAGUUUACAAAUUGUGCUCUCAUCUGGCCUGUCCCUGGUAACGAGUUUAUAGUUGACGGGAUGUCUCAGUUCGAAACAAUUCUCGAUGGUUUUGUUUUUGGAACUAUAAUGCGCUCUCAGGGGGCAAUAAAGAACCCAUACGAUAUGGCAAGAUUCAUUCAUUGUCGAAAGGCUAUUAAAGAGGGAUUGGAUUCGGUCGAGUGGAUUAUGUUUGGGCUGGAUACGUACGUCAUCAAUGUGGUUAUGCAAACUGGUGAUCAAUUUUUCGCAAGAGGAAAAACCAAGAUUGCCCUCAACUUCUUCAAAGAAGCCUGUCAUUUCUGGCCCAGUUCUGCUGUCUGUUUUAUUAGGGAAGCGCAGUGCCAUGUCAUGCUCAAAAGUUUUGAUCUUGCAAUAAGCCCUUUAAGAAAAGCAAUUCGUCUUAGUGACGUAGACGAGUUUGAUGAAUUAUGUGCAACGAUUGAUGAAUAUAUUGAUAUUGGUAAAUUAAAGGAGGCUUAUGCUCUUUAUUCAACUUUGGCGGAAACGUUUCCACGUGUUCCCCAUUUCUCAACGAAGCUGAAAGAAAUAAACAGAUCACUUAAAAGAAGUAGGCAGGUGGGCAAGACGACAAGCGCGAAGAAGAAAGUAAAGAAGAAUCUAACCAAAGCAUCCAGUGGGAAAACGAAUGUGACAGGCUGCGCAUCUGUAAACAUUGGUCAGACUAGAAACGAGAGAUUGACUAAGAGAUCAGAUGAAAAACUCAAAGAGAGGGACAAAGAUGUUGGCGGGACAAGUGAUGAGACGAACAAGUUAGAUGAAGCUACUGGUGGAAUCGAACAAAAUGUUGAAACUGUUGUUCUCCCUAAACCGGUACCUGAGCCACCAAAGGUCGUUAAGAAGACAAAGAAACAGUUGAUGAGAGAGCAUAUGAAAAGACAGGAGGAGAUAAAAAAGGAAAUUGAGAAGGCUAGCAAAGAACAGGAAGAAAAGUUUAAAAGGCAACAGGAGCUGGAAGCACGCAAGAAAAAAGAACGGGAAGAAAAGGCGGAAGAAUUUAGGAAAAUUUUAGCAGACGAAGCUGAGAGACGAAAAGAAGAAGAAAAACAUAAGAGAAAGCUGGAAAGAGCCAAAAAGGAGGAAAUGAAGAAGAAACAGACGAGUAAUAAACGUGCUCAAAAAGGAUCUUCAAAGAGCUCUAGUGGUAGCAAAGGUGUUGAUGCAUCAAAUAUGAAGACAACGAAAGUUAAAGAUCCUCAGUCAACGCUAAAUGACAUGUCAACUGAUUUCGACCACGUUCUUCGGAGUAAAUCACGUCUUAGACGUGUUUGCCCAACUUGUAACACCCCCCGUGUCUUUUCGGUGUCACUCGGCGCUCGAUGUCAUUCAUGUAACAGCGAAAUGGUCGUCUGGUAUAGAAAAAUUAACACAACCAAUUGGGUCAAACCACGAAAGCCUCCGGAUGGCGUAUCAGGUUCUUAUCUACAAUGCAGGCAUUAUGCGCAGGGCAAAACAUGUGUCAAGAUACCGUGUAGGUUUGCUCAUGGACAAGAUGAUGUUGAAAUUUGGGACCUAUUUCGUUUAAACGGAAUGAAGCCUCGAAACACAGCCUCGAGCACAACUUGGACAAGCACAACUACCCAUGCAGCUUGGUAUCCAGGCAAUCCAGCACAGGAAGUACCCGAAACUACUAAUGGCCGUCAUUCCAGAACCGAUUCUUUGAGUUUACACCAUUCUAAUCAAUCCUUUUCAAGUCCAUACGAUGUUUCGAGUUCAGGCGACUGGCAAACUGCUGAGUCUGAGUCUGAGGACUUUGAUUCGAAUUCAGAAUACUCGUCCUUUUUCUUUUCCCAAGACACCUUCUACGAAUCAAGUCAAGGCUCCUUAUUUUUACAUGAUGAAAUACAAGACGACGUUUGUUUGACGGGCAAAGACGUCCAGAAUAAUGAAGAAUCGGAAAAAACAACAAUAGGUGAAGAUUUGGGUGGUUGGAUUACAGUUGGGGGGUCAACGAAAUUUCAAAUGGGAUUAAAUUCAGGUCUGGAGAAAAAGUUGAAGGAGUCCAGUUUCGCUUUCGACACCAUUUCGUCCGUUAUGGGACAAGAAAAGCUACGGUGCAGAUUUUGCAACAUAAUGUUUCCGUCCCAGUUAGAGCUCGAACAUCAUUAUUCAGAUGCUCAGCACAGGGUUAAUGUGAUAAGACUCACUAAGAAACUUCACACGAAGUCUGCUACGAAAUUUCGCCCACCACCCGAUGGCGUUUAUAUGGGCCGGUAUAAAGUGUGUCGCAGGUUUGAGGAAGGUUACUGUUACCUCGAGAAGAACUGUACCUUCGCACACGGCCAGGCAGAGCGUGACUACUGGGAAGCUUUAUACGACGAACAGACGUGCCAUUUCACACAGCUUGAAGAAAAACAGCUCUUGAAAGAAGGUUUCAGUGAAAAACUCUGGCGCAAAAUCAAACGUGAAGGACCGCAUCGUGUGCUCCAGCAAGAGCUUCCUGGUGUAACUGUGAGCUGUGAUUCAGGAUGGAAACUAAAAUUGGUAAAAGUCGAUGGUUCGCAAGUCGACCAUAAGUGGAUAAUUGAUGUUCGAAUUCAGGGAAUGCGUCAAUCACCGCUAAACCAAGUAGCCUUUCUAUUCGAGACCCAUUUGGAUAAAUUCAAAUUCCUACGCCGCAGUGGAAAGCAAAGGCAAUCCCUAAACCUGCAAAGCGUUCAUUUUCGUGAGGAGGAUUUUGUUGAAGACAUCGCUAGAAAUGAGUCGGCAGUACAAUUUUGUGUUCAAUUCUCGUCCGGCGUUUUUGGUGAUUUCGAACAGAAGUUAGUAUUUGAUUUUGGCAAAGAUAAUGUCCUUGCCCGUCCACUCUUCGUGUCAGUUGUGAGCAAAGAUAAUUCCAAAGAGAAGUCUUCUUCACGUUCAACAUACUGUCGCAUCGCUGAAUGGUCGAUGGAACAAGUGGAAUUAGUUCUGUGUAAAGAAUUAGUGGAGUUGGAUUCGGAUGGUUUGUGUCAGCAAUAUAGUAUUCCAAAUGAUUCGAGUGUACCUGAAAACUGUUCAUUUACACGUGGAACAUACUGCGAUCUUUGGCACAAAAUCCUGUUUAUUGAGGAACAGCACAUUCAAGAAGCGGUCGCAAGAUACGAUAUACAGGACGGCGAAAUGAAAGUUGUAAACAACUUCGCUAGCGCUGAAUCAACAGUUUUUGCGGCACCUGGUGAAUUUUUUGGAGAAAUCUAUUUAUCUGAUUAUCUUGUUAUGGACGAAGUUGCCGGCCAUAUUAUUACCCGCUCGGUAAUGUCUGUGGUCUUGCGGCUAAAGAUGGGAAAAUCUCACAGCAAGAAAGUAUAUGAAUGUUACAUUCAAUCAAAGACUUCUCAGUUUGUUGUUAUAAAAUUGAAUGAGAUGUUAUGCAAAGAUUAUAGAUUUUCCAAAGACCAAGUUGUUCAAAUUGACCUCAAAUUCAGAUACAACCGUCUUCCGCUGUGUGAAAUGCAUGAAGCAGUUGAUAUGUGUAAACACAAAACUGACAUUCUUCUUCCAAAUGUAAAGAAUGUGUCGUAUAAGUACAAGAGGUCAAUAUCUGAUUGGUUUAUGGACCGAAAACCAAACGACAAUCAACACGAAGCGAUUGCGAUGAUUCUCGAUCCCAAUCCUACUCCGCCUAUUCUCGUGAUAGGACCGUUUGGUACUGGGAAAACAUUCACCCUCAGCCUCGCUUGUAUGUCAAUUCUCAACCAACCAGGACGGUAUAAAGUUCUUAUUUGCACCAAUUCAAACAGCGCAGCUGACAUUCAUCUGGAAUAUUUACAUGAAAAGAUAAAAGAAAAACCAUCCUUACGGAUUCGACCAAUGCGAGUGCUCCCACUUUACAGGAAUAUCCGGACUGUUCCUCCAGAACUACGGAGAUACUGUAAUAUUAAAGCUGAUGAAAUACGGGAAUCAACGUGGAAUGACAUUCGUGACAAUAACGUCAUUAUAACAACUUUGGCCACCGCUCGUGUGCUGUGGAAAUUCUAUCAGAAUGGAAAAUUGCAUUUAACGCAUAUCUUAGUUGACGAAGCCGCGCAGGCCCUGGAAUCUAAGUGCUUGAUCCCGCUUGCAAUAGCUGAUAAAAAUACAAAGAUUGUUUUGGCGGGAGACCACAAACAGAUGGGGGCGCGAGCUUUUUCAAAAUGGCUGUGGCCCGAGGAGUUUGGUCCAGAGAUAUCUCUUCUUCAAAGACUUUUUGCACAUUACGAACGAGACUACAAAUCUACUUACGAGUCAAGCUCUUUGUCGCAGCAAGCCAAUAAUGACACCACUCACGUUGGGACACCUUAUGUAGUCUUACUCAGCGAAAACUACCGCUGUCACGAGAAGAUUCUUAAGUUUCCGUCCGACUGCUUUUACGGUGGCGAAUUGGUUGCCAAAGGUGACCAGAGUACCCUCGAUAAUAAACCAGUUCUCUCGUUUUACACUGCCCAAGGUGUUGAUCAAAGAGUUGAAGAGGGGUUGGCGUAUUAUAACGACGCUGAGGUUGAUGAAGUAGUGGCAAGAGUCAAAGAACUUGUCGAUAUCUUGCCAAAAGACUGGCCAGCGAAAAGUAUUGGGGUUCUCACGCCAUACCGUGAUCAGGUGAAACGAAUUCGAGAGGGCUUACGAAAAAGUCGGCUUCGUGACGUUGAUGUUGAAACGGUUGAAAACGUUCAAGGGAAGGAAUUCAAGGCGCUGUUUAUUAGCACGGUCAGAACGAUGUAAACUUGUUCGGUGAUUGAAGGACGAAACUCGAAUCCUUCGGA